AUGUUCGAAACCGGUAGCCCGGUGAUCACGCCAAACGAUUCAGGCUUCUUGGUCGAGUGCGCCGCACUCACAGGGGCGCGACACGUCGACGCCAGCCUCGAGCGGCAACUCGACGUACUUGGUACGCCCAUUGACCACGCCGCGGUGCAACGGCGUGCAGCACAUCUUUCUACCUUCCAGGCCUUUGCCUACAGCAUCAUAAGCAUGACGGAUGGCGCGCUCAAGGCACUCGUGGUGUCCAAACAUGGCCGCCAGAUGUGCAGGGGUGAGGCCGAAUCCAGGCGCUUUUACAUCAACCCUGGCCCCGAAUCGCAGCAGCACCUUGAGAGCAUCAGAGUCUCCUACUUGCACGCCGUCUCGAUGGCAAACUCGAUACUGAGAGGCCGGAUCAUCAGUUUGCGUAUCCGCAGACGCCGCAUGCCACAACACGGAACAGCCGCCCUUGUCUAG